AUGCUUAAAAUCGAACGUGUAAUUUCAAAUAAAGGAAAUGGCAAAAUUGAGAAAGAAAUUAUAAGUUAUGAUGUUGCGGAAGAUAGUGAAGAACUCAACUUCACUCGCCAUCGAAUUAUCAAGGUCACACAAUUUGAAAAUGUUCCGAAACUUAAGAAACUAACUCUUCGGUGGAAUUUGUACAAGAAAAUCGAUCAUUUCCAAUGUCUCGAACAGUUGACCUAUCUCAAUUUAAACGAUAAUCAAAUUGAGAAUAUUGAAAAAUUAGAAACAUUGGUGAAUUUAGAGUAUCUAGAUUUGUCUUAUAAUCGAAUUUCGAAGAUAGAAGGCUUGGAAACACUCGUUAAACUCAAAGAGCUUCACCUGGUUCACAAUAAAAUUAUAGUUAUCGAGGGUCUCGAAACGCUAGAAAACCUUGAAUAUCUCGAACUUGGUGACAAUCGAAUUCGCGCGAUUUCUGGACUUGACACACUUACGAAAUUGGAGCAUUUGUUUCUCGGCGCAAAUCAAAUUCGACAAAUCGAGGGUUUGGAAUAUCAGAAAAAUUUGCUCGAAUUAAGUUUGCCGGGUAAUGCAAUCACCGAGAUUCAAAAUCUUGGAAAAUUGCGAAAGUUGCGAUCGAUUGGACUCGCCCAAAAUGGAAUUUCGAAAAUUGAUGGCUUCGAAAAUCUUACCAAUUUAAAUAGUGUUGACCUGAAUGAUAAUCUUAUCGAAAAUAUCGAAAACACAGCCCAAUUGAAUAAUUUAACAACACUGUGGAUUCGGAAAAACAAGAUUAAUGACUGGAAAGAAAUCGAAAAUCUUCGCGACUUAUCAAAGUUAACUUCGCUGACACUGGAAAUGAAUCCAAUUUACAGCAAUGACAAUGAAUAUCGAACCAAGGUCACUAAAAGUCUUCCGCAAUUAAAAUUGCUUGACGGAUUCCCGUGCAGUUGGGUUCAAGGCGAUCCCUACCAGGCUCUACCCGAUGAAUUCUACGAAGUAUUCGAGCACUCAACAUCAAUUAAAUGA